CUCUUUCAGACCUGUUAAAGGAGUGAUUAAGGCAGCUGCAUGCUUUCAGGCCACACCAACAAGCAUCACUCAUCUCUGAUUCAGCAUCAUCAGCCCCUGAACAGACCUCAGACCAAUCAUUGGUGAGAAGGUGUAUGUGUACUUGAGAGACUAGGAACUUUGGUGGAUUCACAAGUGGAAGCCUGGGGAUUCCCUUGCCCUAUGCACUUGAAAUCUUAACAAUUUGUGGAGAAAAUAAUAGUUGUUCAUUGACCUAAAUUAAAUAUCAGGGUUUAGCUUUCCGUGCCUAAUGCUAAAACUGAGAUGGGAACAUUUCACAUGUUGCCUGAAACUGAAACAUAUUAAUUCCUCCUUCAAUAUCCAUGGGGGUGUACCAGUGGGAUUAAGCACUGACAACACAAUUUACAAGGUCAGAAAAGGCAAAAUAUCAGGAAGGAAGUUUUUGCUUGGAGCAUUUCAAACUUCACACUCACUCCUUUGCAGGAUCACAUUAAGAGAACUUAGCUGAGCUGUACCUGCAUUGCUCAAGGCCUAGUCACAUAUUUCCCAUAUAUAAUAAAAAGUAAUUCAGUGACAGCAGAGAAGAGUCUUGGUUUUACACACUCUUUUCCUACCAACCUAACCAUAGCAUACUGCUGCAUUGCCAGGGCUUGGACUAGUUGACCCCCAGUCUACCUUCCAACUCUACAAUUACAUGGUAAAGAAUGUAACGUACAAGCUAGGCUGUUCUACAAUUACAGCCUCUUUGACCCUGCAAUUUCCGGCCCACUAUUGAAAGCAAGGGGUGGCACUGGGGACAGAGCACUGUGCAGAUAGACAUAAGUGGAACAUUCCUAUUUGACCAUUUGGUAAAGGGAGGGAUCUGCACAGACCAACAGGCCCCACCCCCACCCCCAGUCUACAGACUGCUGGAGAGCCUCAUAGCCAUGGCCGCUGCCUGUCCUCUACAUAUUUCAGUUGCCACGGUUACUACUGAGGCAGGGAACAGAUGAUGUUGCCUAAAGGUCAUUUAUGCCUGAAGGGCCCCUAGUUUGCUGAUAUCUAAGAAGUUUGGCAACAACAGACAUUAAUGGAUUCCAGAAAUAAUCUGGAGUCUUGCAAGGCUGAUGGCUAACAGAAUGUACUGGAACAUGACUGAACAUAAAGCACCAGCUUGCUGAGAAUACACCCUUGGAUAAGUGGGAUCCCUGAAGCUCAAUGCAUUUUGGCCUAGCUAUUCCACACAAAGAAAAACUUGCUGCAGGAAUCUGGGCCGGCUGAAGACAUUUUGGCACCUGAGGCGAACCACAAAAUGGCACCACCACUCUUGGUUGGGGAAGAAGGGUGUAUUUACACAAAAUCACUGGGAAUUUGUGAACCACCCCUUAAACAUUGGAUAGGGUUUGCUUGUUGGAGGAAUCCAGAUGUGAGUCAGAGGCUAAAAACUGAGAGAAGGAAGGAAGGGAGGGAACCGGCUGCUUGCAAAUAAGGAAGCAGAACAAAGACAAAGAGGAAUGCGCCUCGAUAUUUGAAAGAAUUUUCCUGUGUCAGCAGCAUAAGCAGCUGCUGCUGUCACCAAGAAACAACAUCCCCAAGGAACAAUGAGGGACAAGAAGAAGAUUAGCCUUCCAGCUAAGUUAAUCAACGGAGGUAUAGCAGGACUUGUGGGGGUGACUUGUGUUUUCCCCAUUGAUUUGGCCAAAACCCGUCUCCAGAACCAGCAAGGACAAGCCAUCUACACUGGAAUGAGGGAUUGUUUGGUGAAGACAAUUAAAUCAGAGGGGUUCUUUGGCGUGUAUCGAGGGGCUGCUGUAAACCUGACUCUUGUCACUCCUGAAAAAGCAAUCAAGUUGGCAGCCAAUGAUUUCUUCCGACAGUUUCUCUCCCAAGAUGGAAAAGAAUUGUCAUUGGUGAGAGAGAUGCUUGCUGGCUGUGGAGCUGGGACUUGCCAGGUAGUGGUCACAUCUCCAAUGGAAAUGUUGAAAAUCCAGCUCCAGGAUGCUGGGCGGCUAGCUGCUCAUCAGCAGAAGGCCUUGGGACAGGAUCGACCAGCUGCUGCCACCUCCCAUUCACCACCAGGACAGCCUUACACAGCUGGGUCCACAGCAGCCUCUAAACGCCCCUCUGCUUUCAUGAUUGCCAGAGAUCUCCUGUGCACCCAGGGAGUUGCAGGCCUGUAUAAAGGGCUGGGAGCCACCUUGCUCAGGGAUGUACCCUUUUCUAUUAUAUAUUUCCCACUUUUUGCCAACAUCAACAAGCUGGGGCAGGCGAAUCUUGAUGAAAAAGCCUCCUUCUUCCAUUCAUUCAUCUCUGGCUGUAUUGCAGGAUCUGUGGCUGCAGUGGCCGUGACCCCAUUGGAUGUUCUAAAGACCCGAAUUCAAACUCUCAAGAAAGGACUGGGAGAGGACACCUACAAUGGGAUUGUUGACUGUGCCAGGAAGGUCUGGAUUCAUGAGGGCCCUGCUGCCUUCAUGAAAGGGGCAGGAUGCCGUGCACUGGUUAUAGCUCCUCUCUUUGGCAUAGCCCAAGGAAUGUAUUUCAUUGGCAUUGGAGAACAUAUCAUGGAAUAUUUCAAGUAGUACCCAUUCUAAAACACACUGGAUCAUGAAUUAAGAUUGCAAGAGUUCUGUGACACUAGCUACUUGAAGAGAAAUGGAAGCACCCUGUAAAUACUUGAAUGGCUGUGAACAACUACCCAGUCUAUCACUAUCCAGGAAGACGGCCUAAAAAACACCACUUCCAGGUUUGCCGUUGCUUCAUUUUCUAAAACAAUCCUCUGCACUGGGCAGAUUUCUGGGACCUAAAAGUUAACAUGCCAAAGGUUGUGCUAUGAAAAGGAAUGGAUUGCAAGUGUCAUUUCUUACUUGCACCAAACGUUGGCUAACACUUUUCAAGCUGAU